UGCCCCUUGGACAUACCUAAUGUGAUUAUCAUUUUCAUUUUCAUUUCUGCUGAUGUGAAAUGCAAAAGAGUAUGAUGAGAAAACCAAGUGAAGUACUGUAACUGAAACAGUUCGGCAUGCAAAUGAAGAGAGAUAGGAGGAGUAUUUAACAGGUCAAGGCUGAAUGGAGAGUCCUGCAGAAUGGCACACGGCUACUUCUGUGUAUCCACACCCAUUUUUUAUUCAUCCUGUGCACCAUGGUGACACUGUUUAGUGGGACAGAUCUCAUCAUCUGUGUAUCCAUAUUUGGUUAUGAGCAGUAUAUAUGAUAGUAUUGGAUUCCAAGAGUCCACUGUCGCUGUGGCUAGUUUUCCUGCUGAAGAGAUUGCUAAUGGUGCCCCUAGCACGGCUCUCUUUGAAGGCCUGAAAAGAGUUGCUUUCUAAGUUGGCGCUUGGAAGUUUGCAUUAGAGGCGUUGCAUACUUCUGUUUCUGUUGUUUGUGCUUUAAAACUAAUAAUAAUAAUAAUAAUAAUAAUAAUAAUAAUAACAAUAAUAAUAAUAGUAAUAAUGCUUUUGAAAUUCAAUGUUCAAAUCCAAAUUUAACAGAUGUUUGAAUGGAGUUUGGUCAAAUAGUGUCUGUAAUUUUCCAUUAAAGUUUCUGAGAAAUUGCACUACCCUUCUUGAAACAACAACAUCAUGCAAGUUUCAACUUGUCUAAUGUUAAUGCUCUCACCUUAAAACCCACCCCAAACAAAAAAAAAACAAAAAACAAUUUUUUGCAAGUUCCAGUUAUGAAUGAGUCACAUCUAAACUCUUGCUUUUUGCAACAUAUUUGCCAUCAUAUCCAACUUUUCUCAUGAUGGCUAUGUAAUGUAUAAUUGCACUGACCAAAAUCAAAUCAAUUUUUAAAAAAAUGACCAUAAACCAGUUUCCCAGAUCAGUGAUUACAUAAGACUACAGUCUGGAUUUAAGUCAGUCCUUCAAUAAGGUUAGAGAAAAGAAUCGGUCUUCACUGUCAGUUGAGAGUCUACAACAAAAAAAUGUCUCCAGUAUUUAAGUCCAAUGUUUUUUGGCCCCUCUGUCCACUUCAACAUCUGCUCUACACAAUCCUUUUGGCCAGUAACACCAAAAGGUGUUGAAAAUAAAAAACACGUGUUAUUUAUUUAUUUGUUAAUGGCAGGUUAGCCUCAAAACAUCAGUUACCAGUAACAACCCUUCAAUCACCCUAACCCAUUUACCAAUAUGGAUAAAGUAUGUAGAGCCAUAACCUUAUAAAUGGACUGGUUCUUAUAUAGAGCUUUUCUACUUGGAGCACUCAAAGUGCUUUUUAGAGUUUUUUAUUUAUUUAUUUUUUAUAGUGUACAUCAAGAUUCUGACGGAAACAGGCAGAAUAUAGGAAGACAAUUAUCAGUUCCUUAUCAAAACAUAGGAUUACAAAAUAACAGAAACAUCUUUUUAUUCACAACAAAAACUCUGUCAGGCAAGUUAGUUUCGAUUUAGAGUUGAGCUUGACUUGUUUGUGAUAACGUUUGUUUUUUUUCUAUUGUGAAAAUAAAAAAAUAAAAUGAAAUAAAUAAAUAAUAACAAUGUGGCUACACAUCAAAAAGAGCUAAACCCAAAUGCUGCUGAAUCUGUGUUACCACAAAAGGUGUUAUCUCGUAGAGAUCGUUUAUUUCCACACGUGCACUUCUUCGCCAGGACUCGGCCGCGUGUUUAAGGGGAAGUGGAACCAAUUCAAGAACGCGCUCGACAAUCUGAGCGCGUGCUCGUGAGAGGUGGAUAAGACAUAGACUAAAUGGAGAGCUUGGCACUUUAAUAUUCAUUAAUGCUGCAUGUGAUGCUUGUAAACACCAACUUUUUUCUUUUUUUUUGGAUGGCCCAACAUAACCUUUAAAGGCAUGCUGGUUGAAGUAACAAUAACUCUAGCAACAAACACACAAAGGAAACAAAGUAUAGCCUAAUAUAGCAACAAUUCCUAGAUAGGAUAUGGAAAAAUAGCUUAAUUUAAACUACUAUCAUAAAUAUAAUCAUAACUACUAGCUAGUGAAUGGCUAUAUUCAUUUCCUGAUGCUUUGCAAACGCGCAGUUAGCCUUCAAAAAAAAAAAAUCCGACUCCACUCGCUGCACCCUGAAGGCACCAUAGACCUCUCCUGUUGCUCAGAGAGGAGGCAAGCCGGUGAUUUUCCACUGCUGCUGCUUCUCUGGUCCCCCAGUUUUAAGAGACAAAGGUCAGGAAGAGAAGCUUAUAAAUAGGCUUAAAUAUAGGCUUCCGACGCGUUCAGUCCUCAGUCGCUCUAACGGACUCAAGAGGUCACGGACAAGACGAAACGGACAAGGGACGGCGCUCAAAGGACAUUAAAAGGACAAAAUAACAGAGGAAAGCACAUCAACAUUGCAGAAUGGCUCAAAAAGAGAAACUUCAGUGUCUGAAAGACUUCCAUAAGGACACUCUGAAACCAUCUCCCGGUAAGAGUCCUGGCACCCGGCCUGAAGAUGAAGCAGAGGGCAAGCACCCCCAGCGAGAGAAGUGGGCCAGCAAGCUGGACUUUGUUCUGUCUGUUGCUGGUGGUUUUGUUGGUUUAGGGAAUGUCUGGCGUUUCCCAUACCUCUGCUAUAAAAAUGGUGGAGGUGCAUUUCUCAUCCCCUACUUCAUUUUCCUGUUUGGUGGAGGUCUGCCAGUCUUCUUCCUGGAGGUCGCCCUGGGUCAGUUCACCUCCGAGGGUGGCAUUACCUGCUGGGAGAAGCUCUGUCCCAUCUUUACUGGCAUUGGUUAUGCUUCCAUUGUGAUUGUGUCCCUGCUGAAUAUCUACUACAUUGUCAUCCUGGCCUGGGGCCUCUACUACCUGUUCCAGUGUUUUCAGCCUGAGCUGCCCUGGGCCAAGUGCAAUCAGCCCUGGAACACUGAUCAUUGCAUUGAGGACACCUACCGCAAGAACAAAACCCUCUGGGUGGCUGCCAACGCCUCCAACUUCACCUCCCCCGUCACCGAGUUCUGGGAGCACAAUGUACUCGGUAUCUCCAGUGGUAUAGAUGAGAUUGGCCCUAUUAAAUGGGACCUGGCCCUGUGUUUACUGCUCGUGUGGGUCAUCUGCUUUUUCUGCAUCUGGAAGGGCGUCAAAUCCACUGGAAAGGUGGUCUAUAUCACAGCCACGUUCCCUUUUGUCAUGCUCAUUGUGCUUUUGAUCCGUGGUGUGACACUGCCAGGUGCUACUGCAGGCAUCAAAUUCUACCUGUAUCCUGACCUCACUCGCCUGAAGGACCCAGAGGUGUGGAUUGAUGCUGGCACCCAGAUCUUCUUCUCCUAUGCCAUCUGUUUGGGUGCCAUGACGUCCUUGGGGAGCUACAACAAGUACAAAUACAACUGCUACAGGGACUGUUUGCUGCUGGGAGCCCUCAACAGUGGUACCAGUUUUGUGUCUGGCUUCGCAAUAUUUUCCGUCCUGGGCUUCAUGGCACAAGAGCAAGGGGUGGACAUUGCUGAUGUGGCAGAGUCAGGUCCAGGCCUGGCUUUCAUUGCCUACCCUAAAGCUGUAACCAUGAUGCCUUUUCCUACACUCUGGGCAAUCCUCUUCUUCAUUAUGCUGCUGCUGCUUGGCCUCGACAGUCAGUUUGUGGAGGUGGAAGGGCAGAUCACAUCACUGGUGGAUCUGUAUCCGUCCUUCCUAAGGAAGGGUUACCGCAGAGAGGUCUUCAUCGCUAUUAUCUGCUGCAUCAGCUACGUGCUUGGACUUACCAUGGUUACCAAGGGUGGCAUGUACGUUUUCCAGCUGUUUGACUACUAUGCAGCAAGCGGUGUGUGCCUUCUGUGGGUGGCAUUCUUUGAAUGUAUAGCUGUUGCCUGGGUUUAUGGCGUUGAUAAUUUCUAUGAUGCGAUUGAGGACAUGAUUGGCUACAGACCAAAUCCUUGGAUGAAAUGGAGCUGGACUGUGAUCACUCCUUUACUGUGCAUGGGUUGCUUUAUCUUCUCUUUGGUCAAAUACAAGCCAUUGACGUACAACAAGAUGUACCAGUAUCCUGACUGGGCCAUUGGAGUCGGGUGGACUUUGGCCUUGGCUUCCAUGAUCUGCAUUCCCAUGGUGGUUGUCAUCAAGAUCAUUCGAUCUGAUGGGCCGCUCAUUGAGAGGAUUAAGGCAGUGGCAGCCCCGGUUCGUGGUGGAGCCAGCUCCCGUCCUGCAGACCACCGUGGGCCUAAAGAUCUCUCCUGUCCCCUGGACCCCAAUGGGAACAAGGGCCUACUGAUGAAGGCCCCCACUCACACCAUCGUAGAAACCAUGAUGUAAAGGAAUGAGGCGGAGGCUCUCCAUGAGAUCGCUCUCCUCCCCUCUCCUGUCCUCUAAAAUGCUUUUAAAGCUAGCUAGCUUUCUGUCUAUCUGUCUGUCUAUGUCUGUCUGGUGGACUGAUAAGGGUUUUAAAGAAAAAGUUCAAAUCUUUUAGGAAAGUUUUGAAAGUAGUUUGGUCUUCAUAAGAGGGUAACAGUCACAUUUCAAAUCUAUUUCUGAAUGACUUAAAAACUGUUUGAUUUUUUUUCAUAUAAAUAGUUUUCAUGUGACUACACGUCCCACUGUGUUCUUGCUUUAAAGGCAAGGUGGCAAAUUAGAAACAGCCUGUGGCCAUGUUUCACUGGCUACUUUUGCACAUAACCAGCCAUUAUUCGAGAAGAAAGUGGUUAUUGAGUCUUGGAAUCAAAUCAUCUUUUGUAGCCACUAUAUAUAGAGAAUUCCUAUAAUAGGCACUGAUCACCAAAAACAGUUUUUUGUUUUUUGAGCUGCUUUGAUGGCUAUUUUAUUAUUAUAAUUAUUAUUAUUAUUAUUAUUAUUUGCCAGUUAUACUAUGAUCAUUGUAUAGUUCUCUGAGGGCAUGUGCCACAGGAUUCUAUUCCAUUAUGUUCAGCAGAGGCCUUGUUGAUAUCAGAAUUAUUAGCUUUUUUGCCAAAAUAUCAAAAAUGCAACUCUGCAGACACCAGCGUUAAAUGGCUUAUCACUGCCGGCUCUUUUCCCCUUGUAAUCAUAGAUUUUAAAAUAUCAGUAACAAUGAGCUUACCACAUAUUUGGCUUAGUAUUGCAAAAUAUGAAUAAAAACAAAUAAAAUCAAUUGCAGCAUAAACCAAAACCAAAUCAAAAUAUAAUCAGUGACAUUUUUUUUUUUAAGUUAAUAUCUAAUCAUAAUGAUGAUUGUGCCCAAAUAUUCCCAUCUUUCACAGUCAAACAAUGGGCCAAAGAGAAAACUAGCACUGAAUCGGUGAACUUUUUUUUUUCCUGCACAAAGAGAGAUAUCUGAAAGGAUUUGAAGUGUGGAGGUUCAACCCUUGACUGUGUUGUUUGUGACGUACUGUACAGUAGUGGCUAAUCAGUCUAUCAGUAUCUAUCUCUUUAUCUAUCUUUCUCUGUUCUAGACCAGUUUACAGUACAUUAGUGACUGCACUAGGCACUCUCGGCUUAAAAGUUUGGAUUUAAUUUGUUUUAUUUACUACAAAGGAAGACACAUUAUUAUUAUUAUUAGUUCUUUUUUCCUCUGUCAGUGUUUAGAUUUUUUUUAAUUAAUGUUAUUGAUAUUUACUAUUGAAUUGCUGUAGUUUUACAUAGAAGGAGGAACACUUUCAUCUGGUGAAAAUACUAAGCUAUUAUUACAAACCAUACAUCUAUAUUGGCAGCCAUUGUAGUAAAGUCUUUACAUUUCUUCAGCUUUGGUCCUAGCAACAGUUGUCUUAGGCGUCAUACAAAGAAACAAUGCAACUGUUUUUCUCAAAUAUUAUCUCUUACAGAGGGGUGUGGGCCAAUUUUUAUAUACACAAAAAAAAUUGGAAACCCGCAAUGGCUCCAGUCAUAAGUUUGUAAUUCUUGGAUUUUUAACUUUUCCUCUUCUGUAAAUACCAGGAGACAGUAUUUAUUUCAAAGAAAUCCAGCUAGGCAGGACACUACAACCAGUGGUUAAACAAAAUGUCAAUAACUCAAAUGACUCACAUUAACCAAUGGCUGGGAGAGACUCCCAGUAGAUAAAACAGUGUCUGACUGUGAGCUCAUUUCAGACACUGUGAAAUUUGGCAGAUGGCUGAAUUUGGUCACCAUGUUGCUUUGUCUCACUUCAAAAGAGACCUGAAAAGCUUCACUUUUAACAGCAACUGUUCAAACCGGUCUUUUCCCCAUAAAUGAAUACAGAUAAUAUAAAUAUAGUCAAAGGAGUUUGCAAAGAAAAGCGUCUGGACUUCUUUAAGUUGCUUGAAGACGUUUCACCUCUCAUCCGAGAAGCUUCUUCAGUUCUAAGGUCAAAUGGCCGA